AGAAAAUUUCUGAGAGGAAGAGUUAACAUGGCAGUGGCGCUACCAGUAUUCUAUAGCUCUCGGAGAGGUGUUCGUUGGUUGUCUCCACUGGCGCUGAACACUUGUAAACUACAUUAAUUAAAAAAGAGCAAUGUUGCAUUGUUGCUAUGCAGACGACAAUAGCAGACAAGGGGUUAUUUCGGCGAACGGGGCACCGUACAUUCCCAAGGAAAAUCAAAUUACACAAUUCAAAGAAGAAACCAAAACCAUGGCUACUCUAAUAGAUAUUGAGAAAUUAGAAGAAGAGAAGUUGAAAGCUCGUUACAAUGCGUACCCUGUAACUGGACACUCAGCAUUCUUUCAAAAGAGACUUGCCAAAGGCCAAAAAUACUUUGACUCUGGAGAUUAUCAGAUGGCAAAACAAAAAGGAUCAGCUAAAAUAUUGUCUGCAGCAGCAACAGCAAUAAUCCCACCUGCCAAUCUUGGACACCCAACUGGGGAUGCCAUUCCAACUCCAGAAUCUGUUCCUACCAGGAAAACAUCCAUCAUUCAGAGAAAACUGGCAAGUCCUGCCAUGUAAAAGAGAAACAUCAGCUGAAAGGCUUAACCGUUCGCUGGCAUGAAUUUGGUAUCGGGCAGUUUAAAUUCAAUGUGGUGUAAUAUCUUCAUGAUCGUUUUACGUUUCGGUGUCUGCAUAUUUUUUUUUUUUUUAUCUUUCUUUAAACAAUUUUUUUUUCUCAAUCUUUGGCCGCGCUCUCUACUAUUUUCCAGCACUGCCUUUUUUUCUUCGCUUGAAAUGUUGAGAAAAAAAAACAGAUUUCCGUAAAUCAGGAGACGCUAAAUAGUUACACUCCUUUCCCUCGUUAAAAAAAUGGAAUACAUAAGUGGCACCACUUCAA